UUCCAGCAUUCCAGCUCUCUCUAAAUUCCUAUCCCUUUUAACGACUUAAAGCCUCCAAUCCGAAAUGGAUUUUCUUGAUCCUGAGCUCCACAGCAUCGACGAGGUGUAUGCCCAAUUUGAAGCAUACAAAAAGCAACGCCAGGAACAACAGCUGGAGCUGAAGGACAAGUUGGAGAAGUUCAAACUGGAUGCCGAUCUCAAGGUGCUCAAUUCCAACAUGGCAACCUUGCGGCUGGGGAUGCAGAAGCUCGAGCAGCAGCAGCAGCAGGGGCAGCUGCGCCAGAGGAAACUCCCAUCGCAGACGAGUUUCGAGGCCAUUCAGCUCGCUCCACCGGGUGAAACUGAUUCCUCCGUACAGGACAAAGACAAAGAGAAAGUCGUUGGGCCGGAGAAACUAUUGAUUAAAUGCGGCGUGAGCGAGUGCCUCUUUGAGAGUUGCCAAAAGAGCGUGGACAGCCAGCUGCUUCUGCUGCACUACCUGUGCGAGCAUGACCACAAGGAUGCCUCCUUUCAGCGCUGUCAGCCGCUGGUGGAGGGUGAGCGGGUGGUGCUCUCCUUCCAGCCGCAGAGCUGUGAGUUUCGGGUGAACCAGGUGCUGGGACUCUUGGCCUACGGUGGCCAGCUGGAGCAGAAGUUUCUACUGUCCCGAAGGCCACGGGAGAUCUCCAGCAGCCUUUUGGCGGAGACCCAAAUCCCGGUGGUGGUGCUCAUCUGCCGCACAGCCACUCAUGCUGCUCUCAAGGACAAGCGUCCGAUACGAAGUGUGCGGUCAGCGGGAUCAAAGGAUAAUCAAAGGGAUCAAGUGUUCGUGAUUUGGCUGGUGACACCCAGUGACCGGGUGCAGCUAAACGCCACGCUGUGUCUGUGCGGCAGAGAUGCUGCUGUUCGGUCCGCCUGCGUGGUGGGUGUUAGCCAGGUGAAGCACAGCCAGGACACCAGCCGCUUCAUGGCUGCGGAUGCCAACUACUGGCGACAGACGUACACCGAUGUGGAGCGGCUCUCAAACAACUUCCGCGACGAACUGCACCUAGAGGUUUCGCUCACAGAAUCCCCAGCUUCAGCACUGGGACGAAUGUAGUCGACAGUGGCACU